CUCGAAUAAAAUUGGUGCUUCAAAGCAAGGCAAAAAAUCGCUCCUUCUCAAUUCUAUCCUUGCUAUGAGCAGAUAAAGUCCUCCUAAUCUAUCUUUUUUAAAGUUGAAUAUUGAUGCGAUUUAGAUGUAAUCUCAAAUAUGAUUGGUGGUUGAGGGAAUAUAAAAGUUGGGUCGCAUGCAAAAAUGUAAAAAGGAAUUAACCAUACAAAAAGUUUGCUUGCUUGCAUCACUUUUAUCAUUGAGGAAGUGUCUAAUAAAAAUUUGAAGGAAAAAAAAAAAAAAAAAAGUUGGGAAGGGGUAUUUUUGUUUUGUGGAAUUCUGAAAGGUGACCUAGAAUCCUAGAUACGCGCCGCUAGGAUUUGCCGCGAAAAUUAGGAAGAACAUCACUGAUGUUACUGGAACCUGCCUAACCCUACACAUAUUUCUUCCUCCCUCCCACCGCUUCUAAUUACUUUCUUCUUCCCUCCGUUCACCUUUCCUCUUCAUCGUCUAAGGUAACCCCUAGUUUUGAUUUAAGAAAAUGGCGGAAGACCAGGAUCAAACCGAAGCAGAACGCAAACAAAAUCCUAAAAAGCACCGGAAGCAUGCUUUUCCCUAUGGCAAUUACCGAAAUUACUAUGGCUACCGGGUGGGUCAAAAAUUGGUUGAAGAUCCUCGUUUAAAGGUUUUCAAGAAAGAAUGGUUUGAAGGCAAGGAUUGCCUGGAUAUUGGGUGCAAUAAUGGGAUAGUUACCAUACAGAUAGCUAGAAAGUUUAAUUGCCGGAGUAUUCUUGGUGUUGAUAUUGACUCUGAUCGAGUUGACGAUGCUUAUUGGAAUCUUAGAAAGGAAAUAAGACUGAGUGAUGGGAACCCUGAUAAUGGUUUGAAGCACUGUGCUUCGAAAGCUUCUAGGAUAGAUUUAGAAGCUUCUACAAGUAUUUCUUCGUCCAAGGAACAUGAUCUUCAUGCGGCCGUCUCCUUCAAACGGCAGAAUUUUAUAUUCAGUCACCAUCCACCAGACAAGCAUUAUGAUACAAUUCUUUGUUUGAGUGUGGCAAAGUGGAUUCAUCUAAACUGGGGAGAUGAUGGCUUAAUUAGAUUGUUUUCCAAGAUUUGGAAACUGCUUAACCUGGGUGGCAUUCUUGUUUUGGAGCCUCAACCUUGGAAGUCUUAUGAAACCAACUAUAGCGUUUCUGAGACAACUAAAAUGAACUUCAGGACUAUAAAGAUCCUUCCAGAAGAGUUUCAAGAGAUACUCUUAGACAAGAUUGGAUUCAGAACAGUUGAAGCCUUAAACCUUGGCUUGUCCGACGGCAAUUCAGGAGGAUUCAAUAGACCAAUUUUAGUUUUCCAGAAGUAAAGUUGUUAGUAAUAUGGACGUCUGAACCAAAUACAGAGGCCAUCAGCUGCUUUUUUUUUUCUUUUUUUUUUUUUCUUUUUUUUUUUUUUAAUUUUUUGACGAGUCCAACAUGUGGGGUAGGGAAGAUUCGAACGCAACCUUUGAGCUCUUGAAUCAUACAUUUGUCGCUCCAUAUUGGAUCCGUGGGAUGGGCGUUUUCGAAAGAAGAAGGGUGCAGUUUUGUAACUCCUGGAUAGGCGUCUUUGAUGGCUUCUUGUUGAAAGCUUCUUCUGGGUUUUGAUGUUUACAUAAUUGUACUUGGUUAAUAUAUAUUAUUAAUUCAUGCGCUGUUUUUCUAUCA